UUUGGUUUAUAUGAUCCGGUUUAAUUGGUUACUAAGAUGAUGUCGGAAAGAGAAUAGGGAAGCGGCGUAACUAAAAAACACGACACGAUGAUGAAUUCGGCGUUUCGAAACGUUCACAUCACUGCGUCUCGUUUGAUAAACCCUAAGCCCUUUUCUUCUUCGAUUCUCCAUUUUCUUCCUCUCUGUUCCGGCGACGCUUCUCCUCGCCGUUCCAAUCCUCUCCGGCAUAGAAACUCGGUGUCUCCUUCAUCUUCCUUUCCCUUCUGUUCGACUUCUUCCUUUUCUUCUUUCUACAUUCCUAUGGCGGGAGGAGAUGGUCAGGUGUCUCAUUCGCUUGAGAAGCAGUUCGAGAGUUUCCGUGUUCAAUUGGAAGAAUCUGCAGCUUUGAGAGAGCAGAUUCGUGCUGUGGUUAUGGAGAUUGAGUCUGCUACUAGGCUUAUUCAAGCUAAUCUUCUUCUCGUUCAUCAAUCGCGUCCUAUUCCUGAGGUUAUCGAGAAAGCUAAGGAAAAAAUCGUUGAUUUGAAGCAGUAUUAUGGUCGGCUUGCUGAAAUUCUUGAGGAGUGUCCUGGACAAUACUAUAGGUACCAUGGAGACUGGAGAAGUGAAACACAGGCAGUGGUCUCCCAGCUUGCUUUUAUGCACUGGCUAGAAACUGGAACUCUUCUCGUGCAUACCGAAGCUGAAGAAAAACUUGGGUUGAACAGUUUGGAGUUUGGAUUGGAGACAGAAGAUUAUCUCACUGGAAUUUGUUUCAUGUCAAACGAUUUGGUAAGAUCAUUUUUAUCCCUAAAUCUUACUUUCCAUCUUCCCCCUUAGCAUCCUACUUGAUAGCAACUUAUGAAAAACCUUUGGAUAAAUGCAAAUGGGUGAUGCAAUGUUUGAGCAGCCUAGGUACGUGGUUAAUCGAGUGACAGCAGGAGACUAUGACUGCCCAAGAAAGGUGAUGAAUUUCCUGACAGAUCUUCAUGCAGCCUUUCGCAUGCUCAAUCUCAGGAACGAUUUCCUGCGCAAGAAAUUCGACAGUAUGAAGUACGACCUAAGAAGAGUGGAAGAAGUUUACUAUGAUGUCAAGAUCCGAGGUUUGAUUUCCGGCGGAGAUCCUCCUGGCGUCCAAGCAGUCCAAGGCCAAUCCUAAAUGUCCUCGGCUCUUUUUAAGUUUUUAUGUAUAACUUUGUUUAGCUAGCAUGAAAACGUCAAGGAGUGUUCUUCUCUAAACCAAAAACGGCAAGGAAAAUAGAGAGACUGUAGUUUUUAGGUGUAGUUUGCAAUUACUGAAAACGGCAAGUAUUCCUUUUGUGGGCCUUGAAAGCCCACAUUUUAGUCACAACUUUACUGUUAUCCGAAGUCAGCAGCUUAAUAGUAUAACAGUAGAUGUUCAUGAA